AUGCAGGACCAGAACCAGAACAACCCCAAACCCCAUUCCAAGCUCUACCGAGUCCUGCCCAAAAACCUCUCAAUAGGGACCCGCAAAUUCCCAGCCGUGCAGGUCGAAGUCCCGCAAAUCGGCACCGCCAAUGCCGGCAAGUACUGGGUGACAUACGCUCCCGACUAUCUGUCGCCAGGUUACAUACCCCCGCCGCAAUCCGGUGACGCCCUCGCCAAUCUCUGCCCGGUCCUACACCCCGGGCACGUACUCAAAAACCCCGCGAACCCGGCCGCGGAUAUCCAUCCGACGCCGUACGCCAAGCGAUGGGGUCUGCACCCGGAAGCGCUGCCAGGCAGGUCGAUGACGACGCCGACGAGGACGGAUGAGAGGUUUUUCGUCGAGGGGGAUCCGCAGAAUGCAGUACCCGUUACAUAUAAGUGGAUAAUGGAGUAUUUCGAGAGGGCGGCCGCCGGGGAGUCGAUGGAUAUAUCGGAUUGGAUUGAGGAUUCGGUUCGGGUGAAGCGGUUGACUGAUACAGAUCGGAAGUAUUUGGGUUGGUUUGAUAAGUUGUGGGAGGAGGAGAUGUGGCAGGGGUUGCUUUUCAACGAUUCAACUUCGAGUGAGCUCCGCGAUCUUGACGUCUUUAACAUGCGAGACGAUAUCCCUGCCUGCAAUAUCAACGUUCCUCUCCACCCAGUUCUAGCAAGGGAUAAAUGGAUUGCCCCCGUCCAAGACGCCGAUUGUGGCAAUUACGAGGACGAGCCCCGAUGGUUCUACUCGCUUGGAGACAAUGUCCAUGGCGAGUGGGAUCCAAAAAAUAACGAUGCACUAUGGAACGCCAUGCUACCCGCCUUCAAACUAGCCAGUGCAAUCCUCCACGAAAGCCCUGAAUUCCUCUUCGCCCUCCCCCGCCUAUGGGAGUACCAACAAAUGGACGCCCUCCGCGACCCCCGCGAGCUCAAGACCUACCCUAGGUUCGCAACCUUCGACCUACCCCUCCCGCCUGGCCAGCGUCCUUUCAACCCCAUUCAGGAAUUUCAGUUCCUCCGAACCCCGUACUAUCAGAACAUAACCAAUGCCGUCUGGGCACAUGUCGUUCAGCGGGUGAGAUGGGGCAUCCAGGGAGGCGCGAAGUUCUCGGGGGUUUCCACUGCUCAGGUGUGGGAUCCUUCCACGGAUCCCAUGGAACAUCACUUUAUCAUGUUUAGCCCCGAUGAUAUUUUUCCGCUCCUCGUACCGUCGUAUAGCGGGAGCGAGAAGCUUAUGACGAGCUUCUUCAUCGCAAGCACGAUACUGCACGAGUUGGCUCACACGACUUAUGCCGCCCUGAAAGCCUUCUUCCGUAACCCAAGGCUCCUAGGGCCUCGAGCGACCGGAGCCGAUUGGCCGAGGAUCCAGAAGGCUCGCCGAUUGUUCUGUGAGAGCACGAUGCGUGAGCCGUAUUUCCAAAACGAGCCCAUUGCAGAGCUCGGUUACUCCUUUGAAAAUUGGCUUUUCGGCGGCAAGCCACGUUCCAUAAUAUCCGCCCACAGAAACAUGCCUUAUCGCCUACACCUCUCCGUCGCCCUCGGCACCGAGCGCUACCCAUUCGCCCACGCCUCCGAUGGCCCCAGGGCCGGAAAAUCGGACUCACGAACCCGGAUGCCCCUUAUGACUGGGCCGCCGACGGAACCCGACCAAUGGCUGAUCAACAAGCCCAUCCACCUUGUCCAGCCGAUGUUCACUUUCGAGUUUUGGGACACCAUGAUCCCGGCCUACGGCUUGUCCGCUCUGAAGAUGCAGGCGGCUCACCAUCCCAUGAAGGCGAGGAUUCCGAUGCACGAGAACAGAAUCAGUCACUUUUGGAGUUUCUAUGCUGGUAUAGAGGGCAGUAUGAAAGAACUGGAACUCAUGUUGAACGAGUUGGAAACAAAAGGUUUCCCCAUAGCGGCCAAUUACCUCGUCGCCCUCAUGGGCGAGAGGGCCCGGUUCAACAUAGCAGCCCACCGAUGGGCUAAACACGAGGCGGCUUACAGGGCCCGGGCAGUGGGCAUGCAGAAGAAGAUCGUCGAGGUACGCUGCCUCUGCCUCGAGGCGUAUACAGUGAGCCAGUUCAACCUGAUGCAGGCCACAGGCGUGCGCGACUGGGAAAUAACGCAGCGCUUGACACCCACGCUCGAGAAAUGGGCAGAGGCGGCGCGUCUCUAUCCCGGCGGGACGGUGCCCGCCGAGUCCGAACACAUGGCCGCUGCUGUGGGAAAUAUCGUUGCGUUUAUCCAAGCCGCCCGUGGGGCGUUCGGCACCGUGUGGCGCCGGAUUCUCUCUCGCUUACCCGAUAUCCUCAACUUCUUCAACUGGGAGGUGGCUUUUUUCGAAAACGUCAUCUUUGACAUGUACUCCAUGAAGGACACCAGCCGCGCGAAGAUGUCGGAACGGUUCGGCUCCCCCUGGUAUGGCGCGCUCGGAAACAUGCUAGUCGUGGUGCGCAGCCUCAUCGUGCAGCUCGGCGUCGCGCAGAAGCACUAUCCGCUGCUCCCCGAGUGGCUGACUAGAUUCGUUGAAACGUCCCAUCGCAUCUCGCUCCUUAGGCGGUACCUCGUGGUUGACCAGAAGAAGCUGAACCCCGUGGAGUGGCGCAAGUUACUGAGCACGCUGGGCAGGGCGAAGGCUUGUCGGCAGACGCAUUCGAAGAACUGGGCGCGGUUCGUCAACUCCUCGAUGGCGAAAAUGACCACGGAGUUGAAGACGAGGUUCGAAAACACCGUGCAGUCCUUGCUCGGGGUGGGGAGCUCGCAGCAUCCGCAUUACGCGUUCCAAAAGUUCCAGAAUACGGGUCUUCCCGUGCUUGACCCCAAAGUCCUGACCGGGCCCUUCUCGGACUUGGUGAAAGUCAUGCAACAGGACAAUGAUGAAGUCGUGGUCAACGUGGCGAUGGAUAUGAUCCAGGAGGGAACUCUCAACCCUCUUGACCCCAAUUCCAUAGCCGGGCGGAUCGAGGCUAUAGAACAAGAAGUCCGCAGGCGAAGAGCAACGGCUGUGGAUUUGCAGAAUAUCAUAAACAAGAUAGAGGAUAUAUACGCUUUGCAGAAGGACAACCAGGAUCUCUAUGAAACGGAAAUGACUCUCCAAGAGGCCCAGAGGCUUCGUGCUGGUCUGCUGAGCCAACUCGAUGAGCUUGAGCGAUGGCAUCUAGAGAGUCACCUCGUCGACGACCAGCAGAAAGUCCACAAAGGAUUUAACGAGACGAAAAAACUACUAGAAGACCAGUACAAGGCAAUUAGCGAAGCUGAGGAGAGGCGCGAAAUACUCCAAAGAGCAGCUGAGGCAGUGCUGUCGCCGGAGCAGCAAGCGCUAGCCACCCAGAAGCUAAUGCAGGACUUGCUAAGAAAGCAGCAAGAGGCUGCGACGAUGCCAGCAGGAAACGUACCUCACACUGCGUGGCCGGCUCAGGAUCCGAACGUCUUUACCCCAUGGGGUGACCACCACCCCACCAGCAUUUUGACGAGUGCUGAUUGGGAUUUGCGUGAUACCAAGUUACAGGAGGCAAGGGAGAGGUUGUUGAAGAAGAGGAAAGACCGCGAUAGCGAUAUAUCUCUUCUGGAUCCGAACGAGUUCGUGCUUCCUCCGAGGAAGAAGCGGCAGACAAAUCUCCAGUCGGCAUCUCUCGCGUCGCUAAUCCAGAGGCCGCCCUCCCUCCGACGCCCGAUCGGCAUCGCAAAUGAUCCUCAUCCGUUCGCCACCCAUAACCAGCGCCGGGCUCCGUUCGGAGGUCCACCUCGUUGCGACCAACCAUUGGAGACACACGGAGAUACGCCCGAGGAUGUGGUCAUGGCGAUGGUGAAUGAGGUUGAGAAUUAUCCGCUGAGAGGCCUGGGCGAAACGUACCUCUUGCCGAGCAACGCGAGAGAAUCUUUGAUAGAGGUGGCAAGGCGCCGUCUGUCGCCAAAGAAAAAGACGAAUAAGAGGCGGAGACCCUGA